AUGAUUCCGCCGCCAAUAGAAUACUUGCAUUUUUCUUUUCAGGCUCAGUUGGUUCCCCAGGACCCCAUCGUGAUUCUCAUUUCCACGAAUUCAGCCGUGCUUCAGCGAAUCGCCUCCCCUACUAGCAGCCUGUUGGAUCUGAUUCAGAACACUAUUAAGCAACCUAUGACUGUGACUUCCGCUGGUUGCUGGCCAAGCGGUGACGAAGAACUGCUUUCUCUUGGGCGUUCUUGUCUGUCCACCGGUUGGGAUUUGGGAUCCGAGAUUAUUCGGGAGGCAUCCUCAAUCCCUCCGGAUAACUUUGAGCUUAUCUUAUUCUCUCGGGUAAACGCAGCCCUUGGAGACUCCUCUGCAUCCACUUUUUCGGCCACAACUGUUAUUCCAUGUGCUACUCUUCUUGAAGGCUCCUCGGACGCCCAUGUUCUGGUUGUUUGCCAACGGACUGGUCAACAGUGCAAGGUCCUGUUAGCGGAUUCGACGAGCGACCAGUUGGUCAUCGACAGUGAUGAUCUUUUGCGCAAGGUCAAGUGCGCUUUCGGGUGGCAACGUUCCGUAAGUUUGCAGCUGCAGGCCUCAGACAGCACUCGUUUGGAUCGUGUUUCGUCGCAGCGCCUACUCAGUUUGAGUGGAAGGACAUUCUAUGCCGUUAGUUGCACUACUUAGUCUCUACACCCAGUUGGGCUGCGUGAUACAUCUGCAUACUUGUCUGUUGUUUGCUCAGUGAAUACAUAUUUUUUGGUUAUACCUACCUCAUUCUACUACCUCCUGUUCGAUGACUCCUUAUGGUUCCACUUUUGCUUUCAUUUUCAUAAAUGCACGGACCUCUGUAUACCGCUAAACAUUAUAAGUCAGCGGUCUCAUAUCCACUUUUGUCACCAGUUCGCACUAUUUUUAUCAAUGACUGUGAAUGUCAGAAUGCCUGCGAAUGACGCACGCACAUAAAUAAUGUUG